GCAGGGCCUCUGGGAGGAGCGGGCCGCGGGGCGGGGCCUGGGCCUGGGCCGGCCGCGACCCUGACCGGGGCGUCAAGAUGGCGCUGGCGGUGGGAAUGCGCGUCCUGACGCGUGCCCUUCUUCGACCCUGGGCCCGGGGCCUCCGCGCGGCCCCCGGGCGGACAGGGCCGCCGGCCGGCGGCGGGGACGGCGUGCGGUGCUUCAGGAGCCCGCGGGUGCUGGUGGAGCCGGACCCGGCGGCAGGGGUCGCUGUGGUGAAGAUGAGGAACCCCCCAGUGAAUAGCCUCAGCCUAGAGUUUCUGACCGAGCUACUCAUCAGCCUGGAGAAACUGGAGAACGACAAGACCUUCCAUGGCAUCAUCAUCACGUCGGACUGCCCCGGGAUCUUCUCCGCCGGCCUGGACCUGACGGAGAUGUGUGGGAGGGACCCCGAGCACUACGCGGAGUACUGGAAGGCGGUGCAGGAAAUGUGGCUUCGGUUCUACCUGUCCAGCCUGGUGGUGAUUGCUGCUAUCAACGGCAUCAGCCCAGCCGGAGGCUGCCUGUUGUCCCUCACCUGUGACUACCGGGUCCUGGCGAACAACCCCAAGUACGCCAUAGGGCUGAACGAGACCCUGCUGGGCAUUGUCGCCCCCUUCUGGUUCAAAGACACGCUGGUGAACACAAUCGGGCACCGCAGCGCGGAGCGCGCCCUGCAGCUGGGCUUGCUCUUCCCGCCGGCAGAGGCCCUCCGGGUGGGCGUGGUGGACCAGGUUGUGCCCGAAGACCAGGUGCAGAGCACGGCGCGGUCGGUGAUGGCCCAGUGGCUGGACAUUCCAGUCUGCAGGCCAGGAGUCCAAAAUCAAGGUUUGGGCAGAGCCGUGCUCUCCCCAGAGGCUCUAGGGGAGGUUCCUUCCUGCCUCAUCCAGCCUCUGGCGGCUCCAGACGCUCCUUGGCCUGUAGAUGCAUCGCGCCAGUCUGCUUUCCCUCCACGUGGCCUCCCUGCGUGUCUGUGUCUCCAGGUUCCCCUCUUCCUUUCUCUGGUCAGGGCACUCGUUGUUGGAUUUGGGGCCCACCCUAAAUCCAAGAUGAUCUCAUCCUAACUUCAUCCGCAGAAACCCUUUUCCAAAUAAGGCCACAUGCACAGAUUCUAGGGCUGUGAUUAGGUCCACUCCCAACCCACUGCACAGACUAUUGUCUGUUUAUAGAAAUUGGGCUGGUUCUGAUGGGAGACCAGCGAUCAGCAGACUGUCUCUCAAGAGCCAGGGAGAUGGUCGGCCUUGUGGGUCACUUGGUCUCAGCCACACGGUGGUGCUGGAGCACAAGGGCAGCCAGAGAGUUUGUGACCCAGUGAGCGUGUCGGUGCUGAUACUUAAAUUGCAUAUAAUUUUCACGGGUCACAGAACGUCCUUUUUUCAACUCCAUGACAGUGUAAAAACCAUUCUUAGCUCCUAGGCCAUGGGGGGGCCAGGUUCGCUGACCUAACUGUGCUGUGAACGAGUACUUAGUGAUGUGGAAAGUACCCCCCGUAAUAUUGGGGAAUGAGAGGGACAGGGUAAUAGGCAGUUUUCACAGUGUCACCCUCUCUGCUUCUGGGUAGGCAGCGGGGAAGGGCUGGUUUUCAUUUUGCUUGUUUACUUGUAUGUCCUAAGUUUCCUACCAGAGUUUCUGCUGGAACUCUCUUGGAAAGGUUGGGAGUGAUGCCACGGUGUCGGAAUGGGUUUU